UCUUUAUUUCUUUCUUUCUAUUUUCUCACACACACAGUUAUUUGACACACAAACAAGAUGUUUGUAUGUUCACGGUUCUUCCAUUCGCCGGCGCCGGCGCCGUGAUUACCCAGAUCCCAAAAUUCAAUAAUCUCCGGCGACUCUGAAAUAAAAAACGGUUUCACGGUGAGAUCUCAAUAAUUUCAACAUGGGCUUUAUCAUUUCAGUCUUUUUCAUUCAUAAAGUUAUGAAAUUGAUUGUAAAGUUUUGAUCUUUUUGAUGAUUUUUGAUCAAUUUAGGUGUUUUGAUGUCUGGUAUAAUUUGAUGGGCAUAUUAUGAAUAAGAAUAAUUUGAAUAAAUUAAAUAAAUAAAUAAAUUGUUGUGGGGGGUAUACAGAUAUAUUAUAUUACAAGAAAGAUGUUAAAGAUAAAUAAUUCUUUCUCAGAAUAUUUGUUUGAGGAAGAAAAUAAUGAGGUUGGAAUAAAAAUAAUGAAGAAAAAUGGAGAGCAAUAUGAUUCUCUUGUUCCUGGGAUGUAUGAUGAUGUUGCCUUAAUAUGUCUAGCUUGGGUAUGUAGAUUUGAUUACGCCGCUUUAUCGUCUUUAAAUAAGCGCUUUAAUUCGCUUAUGAAAAGCGGAUAUUUAUACGAAUUAAGGAAACAGUUAGGGAUAGUUGAGCAUUGGGUGUAUAUGGUCUCUGAUCCUAGAGGGUGGGAGGGGUUUGAUCCAAUUAGUAAGAAUUGGAUGAGACUGCCGAAAAUCCCUUGUGACGAGUGUUUUAAUCAUGCGGAUAAAGAAUCUUUAGCUGUGGGAAGUGAGUUGUUGGUUUUCGGGCGUGAGCUUUUUGAUUUUGCUAUAUGGAAGUAUAGUUUGGUUCGUCGGCAUUGGGUGAAAUGCCAAGGAAUGAAUCACUCUCGUUGUUUGUUUGGCUCCGGGACUCUUGGAUCCAUUGCUAUUGUUGCAGGAGGAAGUGAUCAUAAUGGGAAUAUCUUGAAGUCUGCUGAAUUGUAUGAUUCUGUAACUGGGGAAUGGGAAAUGUUGCCAAAUAUGCAUUCGCCUCGUAGAUUAUGUUCUGGUUUUUUCAUGGAUGGAAAGUUUUAUGUGAUAGGAGGGAUGACAAGUCCCAAUGAUUCAUUAACUUGUGGUGAGGAGUUUGAUCUUAAAACUAAAAAAUGGAGGAAAAUAGAAGGGAUGUACCCUAAUGUAAACCGGGCUGCACAAGCACCUCCUCUUGUUGCAGUUGUUAGUGAUGAGUUAUAUGCAGUCGAGUAUUCGAGCAAUAUGGUUAAGAAAUAUGACAAAGUUAAGAACUUGUGGGAGGUUUUGGGCCGACUACCUGUUCGGGCUGAUUCAUCAAACGGUUGGGGCUUGGCCUUCAAGGCUUGUGGGGAACGGCUUCUAGUAGUCGGUGGUCAAAGGGGUCCAGAAGGUGAAUCUAUUGUUCUCAAUUCUUGGAGUCCAAAAUCAGGGGUCAAAGAUGGGAUCUUGGAUUGGAAAAUUCUUGGUGUUAAAGAACAUUCUGGAGUGUUUGUUUACAAUUGUGCUGUGAUGGGUUGCUGAGUUCCUGACCAUAGGUAAAACUAAACUUUCUUUUCAGAGAUAACUAUGUCAAUUCCACCAUUAUUUUUUUUUUUCUUCUUCUAAACAUUGUUGUAAGUCAAGUUCAGUACUUUCAUAAUCUGCAGCCUGUUUGGUCACAAGGGUGCAUUUUUUUCUUUCUUUUUUUCAUAUCUUUUGUGUGCUUUAUUUGUUCCUUAGCAGCCUACUUCCCGUGGCAAUAAACUGCAAAAAUUAAUAAUCAAAGUUCAAGUUAACUGUUU